GAAGAAGUCGAAUAAAAUACAGAACCGAAGGGCAAAAUAAUUGGAAGAAGUCGUUGAAUCCUCUAAUCUCACUUCCGUUGACUUCCAAGAUCCAAAACAACGAACUAUGAAGAAGUCAACAAUCACGAGGUUUUCUGCAGAUCGCACAGACCCAGAUGUUGUUCGUCAUGAUCCACUCCACGGCAGCAGCAAUUCUCGCAGUCAUUGUCACAUUCUCUCAACUUCAUCCUCUGUUUGCAGCAGCGACGAACACGCUCAACCAAGGGGACGCCUUGAAUUCCUCCGAUCAUUUGGUUUCCAACAAUGGCCGCUUCCUGCUGGGGUUCAUGAACCGCAGCUACUUGGGGAUAUGGUUUAACUCGUCCCUUUACGAUCCCAGCACUAGGUCCCACCCUGUUUGGGUUGCUUCCAGAGAUCGACCUCUGUUUCAGAAUCAAGGAGCGUUGACGAUUGACGCCUCUGGAAAGUUGGAAAUUCUGCAGGACGCCGGUGACCCGGUCGAGAUAUACUCCGGGAAUGGAAACCCAACUCGGGGAAACGUUUCGGCCGUUCUCGAAGAUUCGGGCAACUUGGUGGUCAAAGCGAAAGGUAGCAGCUCCGAGGAAGUUUUGUGGCAGAGCUUCGAUCAUCCGACUGAUACCCUUUUGCCCGGGAUGAAAUUGGGGUUCAGCAAUAAAACGAGGGAGGAGAAGAGAUGGAAGCUGACUUCGUGGCUGGAUGAGGAAAACCCGGCCCCUGGAGCAUUCACUGUGGAGUGGGAUUAUAAAGCCCGCCAACUGCUUGUUAAAAUGCGUGAGUCAGUUUUCUGGAGGAGUGGGGUGUUGGAUGCUAACAGCGGGAAGUUUCCCGCGACCUGGUCCCUGGCUGAAGUCAACAAGAACUUCAAUUUCACCACGGUUUCUGGCCUGAGGGAGGAAUCCUUCAGCUACGAGUUAUAUGAAGAAGGACUGGCUCCGGGUAGGAGCCACGAGUCCCAAUGGGUUAUGGGUUAUCAAGGAACCAUACUGGACGCUCGAGCUCGGAUCAUGAUUUUGAAUUUCCAGAAUUGUGAUGGGAAUAAGAAUGAGGAUAAUGGGUGCGAGAGAUGGGAAUCAGGGCCAACAUGCAGCCGACGUCCUGGGGAUCGGAUGGUACAGAGAGUUGCUCUGGCUUUUGGAUUCCCAGAUAUAAGGAACCGUACUCUGAAUCUAAGCUUCGCUGAUUGCAAAGAACUGUGUUGGAGGAACUGCAGCUGUACUGGAGUUCAAGUUCGAGAUGGAGAUGCACGGAACUUCACAGGCUGCACCUUCUAUACAAGCCUUUUUAGUUUCCAGGAUAUACAAGGGAAUGAAGCGCAAGUUUAUGCGAUUCUUCCAGCUCCUCCACCUCCAAAACGCUUUAAAAGAGUUCAUAAUAUGGAUAACUACAGCAAGCAAGACGUGGAUACGGAUCGUCGUUGGUGCCACUGGUGGUCUACUCACAAUGGUCGCAGGCUUCUUGUUGUACUUGAGAUGGAGAAGACAGAAGUUACAUGGUUGUUAACUAAUGGAAUCCGAAUUCCAGAGAAGUUUUUGAAAGAGCUGAUGACAAUAGACAGACCAAGUGAUGCAUCUCCACAUGAGGAUAAUGGAAACUCAAAGGACGACAACAGCCUGCAAGUCUACACAGCUUUGUCAAUCACAAAUGCAACCAACUCCUUCUCUUUGAAUAAUAAACUUGGAGAAGGGGGAUUUGGACCCGUUUACAGGGGGAGAUUGAAGGAGGGACAGGAAGUAGCGGUGAAGAGACUUUCAAGAACAUCAGGGCAAGGACUAGUUGAGUUCAAAAACGAGCUCAUUCUCAUAGCUAAAUUGCAACACUCAAACCUUGUUAGGCUUCUUGGUUUCUGCGUUCAAGGAGAAGAAAGGAUGCUAGUGUAUGAGUACAUGCCUAAUAGAAGUCUGGAUUCGUUCAUCUUCGAUGAAACAAGAAGGAAGUGGUUGGGUUGGAAGGCCCGUUUUAACAUACUUGAAGGAAUAGCUCAAGGACUACUUUACCUUCACAAGUACUCGAGAGUCAGAAUAAUCCACAGAGAUCUGAAAGUGAGCAACAUAUUGCUGGACAAGGACAUGAACCCCAAGAUAUCUGAUUUUGGGAUGGCAAGGAUUUUCGAACCAGGUGACGCAGCUCAAGAUAGCACCAGAAGAAUUGUUGGCACAUAUGGGUACAUGUCUCCAGAGUAUGCCGCAGAAGGCACUUUCUCGGUGAAAUCCGAUGUCUACAGUUUCGGAGUCAUAGUUCUCGAAAUAGUGACCGGCAAGAAGAACCACAGGGCUUACCAUUCUGAUCGCCCCCUCAACCUCGCCGGCUAUGCAUGGGAGCUGUGGAACGAUGAUAACGGCGGUGCUGUGGAACUAUUGGACCCAGCGGUAAAGGGUUUAUCAGCUGGAGAGGAAGGCGAUGGCUGCAGAGAAGAAGCCUUGAGGUGCAUUAACAUUGGACUGCUCUGCGUGCAAAAUGACCCACGAGACAGGCCGGUAAUGGGAGAUGUACUGUCCAUGUUGACCAACGGGAGCCAGCAGCUGCCGAUGCCGCUGCAGCCGGCGUUCUACCUUGGACGAUACGGAGGAGGGACAAGCACUAGCAGUGAGAACUAUACCGGUGAAGAAGAGCACCAGAGCAAGAGACUGUAUUCAGUGAAUGAGUUAUCCUUGUCCACUAUGCGCCCACGGUAGCAACUGAAUUUCUUGAAUUAUGAAAUUUGUCAAAACAUAUGAUUGUAAAUGUAACACCAUAAAUGUACUGCUCUGCUCAUGACUAGUGAUAACAAUGGGUAUACACUAUUGAAUUGUCUUCGAAGGACCCUAAAGUGAGCUUUU